UUAAGAUUUUAACUGGUUGAAAGGUAAGCUCUUUUAUAUUUUUUAAAAUGUUGUCACUUUUAAUAUAUAGCAAAAUAUAAAACUUACUAAUAAUCUUUUUUUUUAAUUUUUAGUUGUGCAUUGAUUUUUCUCUUCCCUCCUCCCCAUAACUACUGGACACGUCUCAAAUAUUGUCUUUGAAAUGAAAUUGUAACAACUUCACUGCAGGGGUGUUCCUUAAGCCUGUUAUUGAGGACAGAAACAUGGAACUGGCCAGAAGAUGCACUGAAAUUAUAAGUGAUAUCCACUAUAAAGAAGAGUAUGAAAAAUCUAAAGGCAAGUUCACAUUUGUAUCUGACACCCCUCAGUUAAAACAUGUGAAAAAUAUGAGUGCUUUUAUUUCUGAGGCAAAGUACAAAGGAUCUGCUAAAAAAGACCUUUCCAAUUCUCUGUAUAAGCAGAUGCCAGCCACAAUUGACAGUGUGUUUGCAAGAGAAGUUACUCAGCUUCAGAGCAAGGUACUCUACAAACAGAAACAUGAUACUGAAAAAGGGACAUCAGAUUAUGCACAUAUGAUGGAGCCCCCAGAUGUUAAGCAUGCCAUGGAAGUCAAUAAACACCAGAGUAAUGUGUCAUAUAGGAAAGAUGUGCAAGAUACACACAGAUACACUGAAGUGCUGAACAGGCCAGACAUAAAGAUGGCAAGCAAGAUAACAAAGAUAAUAAGCAAUGCUGAAUAUAAGAAACAAAGAGGAGAAAUGAAUAAGGAGACUGCUGUACUUGGAAGACCAGAUUUUGAGCAUGCUAAGGAAGUUUCUAAACUUUUAAGCCAAGUUAAAUACAAAGAGCAAUUCAAUAAGGAAAUGAAGAAUCACCAGUAUAACCCUCUUGGCAGUGCUUCUUUCAAGCAAGCACAGAUGGCAUCCACCUUGGCGAGUGAUAGCUGGGAAAUUGAAUUUGGAGUUUAACAUGGAAAUCAGUUUGAAAGCUGGUUGAAAGUAGAAUUCAGAGCCAUGGGACCCAUUGCACAGUAGUACAUAUAGGGCACCAGCCAGUUCAACCCCCACUUAUGAUGAAGCCCUUCUCCUGAUAGUGCCUUCAAUGCACCCUUCAUAGCCUUUUCCUGCCUGCAAUCCUCCUCAGGCUGUGACAAAUCCCAGCUCCUUGUUUGUGAGGCUCCAAAGAUUUUGAUGAAUUGCUGGAUAUGCACAUGAACCGGGAGAUGGAGCCAAAGUGCAGCAUUUCAAGAAAGGAGAACAGUUAGGAGAUUUCAUGUAUGUCACUGCCUGCUGCAGUCAGACUCAGAUGGGAGAAAGCACAUGUACAUGUGGUGCUGCAAU